AUGGCGUGGGAACAGCAAGUACAGCGUUUGGUUGUGGAAGUGGAUUCCGAUGUUGUUGUGGGUUUCUUUCAGUCAGGGAUCAAUGAUAUGCAUAUUCUGUCUUUUCUAGUGCGUUUGUGCUAUAUCUUUCUUAGAAGAGAUUGGUUAGUCCGUGUUAUUCAUGUCUACAGAGAAGUGAAUCGCGUGGUAGAUAGUCUAGCUAACCAUGCUUUCUCUUUGCCAUUAGGUUUCCACUCCUCUUCUUCUUCUUCGCCCUCUGAUAUUUUAGAGUUGGUUACGGAGGAUGCAAAUGGCUCUAUACGAGUCCGUUUUGUAAGACUUGGUUAA